UGCCACAACCACUCCGUUCGACCGUUGCAUGUAAUCCGUCGAGUCCCAUUCUGGCCCAUCUGCACGCCGUGAUACUCUCUCAAUAUGGAUAAACAAAUCCAGCAGCUUGUCGAAAUGGGCGCGACUGUGGCUCAGGCCCGGGCAGCUCUGCAGAAGCACAAGGAUGUCAUGCAGGCAGCGGAACGCAUCUUCGACGGAAGCUUUGAUCAUCUACUCGAUGCCGACGGGGAUGUUACGAUGGAGUCCAGUGAGACGCCGCGGCCAACGCCCAAACCAAGGAUGAUGACACCAGACGAAGACGAAGACGCGGGAGAUAUGAUGGGAGAGGAUGACGAGGAGGAUGAUGGCGGCGACUUCGAUUAUUAUGACUCGGACGACGACGUCAAGCCGGAUCGAGACGGCAGCCAUGCGAAUGCGGAUCCAUAUGCCGGGAUUUUCUUCUCCAAGGACCGCCGCGAAGAAGUGAUAGAAGUCGAAGAGGAGCCGGAUGCAGCUCUCGUACUGGAUGUAAAUGAAGAAGCAACAUUGAUGACACAGGGUCAAUGGAUGAAAGGCUGUCCGGAGGGUAGCGAACAAAGCUUCUUGUUCAGCUUGUACCACGAGCUAGGCGAGGGCGAAUGUCGGUGCCCCCACGGCUGCGGCGAAUCAAUCAUUCGUCAGAAACGGGACUUCUUUCCGCUAUUCAGAACCUUUUCCACGUAUGUCAAGCACCUCCAGAACAUUGUUCCUCGAACCUGUGCCAAAUGCAGGAAGCAAUUCUGCUUCGCGUGUGGAGAGCCCGUUGACCCCAAGCAGGCGCCUUCAGCGGACCCAUCUGACUGCUUGUUCCACUGCCCCAAACUCCAGGGCGUUAUGCUCGGUGUGGGCCUCACGAUGCUCGAGAAGAUGUUUAUCGACCAGACGCAGGAGUUGUCUCACUCCACGUUGAAUACAAAGGGCGGGAAGAGGCGAAAUGCUGAUCCGAUACCUGUGGUUGCGGACCCAGACGACGACGACGACGACGAGAUUUACUAUGCGCCGGUCACUCACGGGAAGAAAGCCAAACUUGGUACGGGAUACGCUGGCGACGUGAGAGAGGAUACGUCCGGGCAGAUCGAGGCGUUGGCGGCCCAGCGCGCCAAGGACGAGAAACUCGCGAAGUUGCUUGCAAACAUAAGAGUCUACCUCCCUUCUGUGCGCCGGUCAGGCGGACCCAAAACUAGCGAUUACCUCGUCCACCCCACUGCCCUCGCCCAUCUCCGCCGGCGAUUCAACUUCGUCAGCAGUCAGCUUCUCCGCAAUGAUUCACUUGCUGAUAUGUCCGACCGCUCCGUGCUCUACAUUGAGUUGUUCGACUGGCUCGAGACGAUAUCGUGUCACGAGGCGCUAGCCAGCAUGAUGGCUAUGCCGAUCAUGGUGGUCACGUCAGUCAAGACUGUCCCUUCAAAGAGGUCACCGAGGGGUAGCCCCAGAGUACGCGAGCGCACCACAAUUUACGAAGGGAGCUCUGGACCUCGUGAGCUUCUCGAAGCCAUUGUCAUCCAGGCUCAGGCCGCGGUCAAAGGUCUCGAGGGCCCAAAGCUCAACGAGCCCGUAGCCGAGAUGACAGAGGAGGAAAAGCGGAUGACCAGCGACGAAAAGGGGAAGGCCAAGGAUACCGGGCGCACGCAGUCGGAAGAGAACGCAAAGAUGCUCAAGUUUUGCCAGCGCAUAAUUGAUACCGCUGACGCUAUCGAUCGGUCUCUUGCUGAGACCAAGGGUGAUGCUUUCCUGCAGCGGCUCCGCGCUAGUCUCCCCAAAAUCCCUGGUAGCGCCGAACAGAGUGCAAGCGGGGUCCGGGCGGGAAAUACAGAGGCGGAUACGGUGAAGGCCUAUGUGGAAUGGGCGAACCGUGUCCGUUUCGAAUAUUGCGACCUGACGAUCCCCAUGUCGGAAGCACCAGGACAGGGUAACGACGACGAAAGUCCGCAUUACAAGUUCUUCUACAAUAACGAAGCGCGAAUGCUCGCGAACGCUGACAUACCGAAGCGAUCGUUGGCCAUCGCGAAGGAGCUCGCCGUACUUACGACGAACCUGCCAGUGGACUGGAAUUCUUCCAUCUUCUUGCGGGUGGAUGAGAGCCGCGUGGACGUUAUCAAGGUCUUGAUCACUGGCCCCGAAGGAACACCGUAUUACAAUGGAUGUUAUCUCUUUGAUGUCUUCCUCGGUCCUAGCUAUAAUCAGUCGCCGCCCAGCGUCAAAUAUAUGACGACGAACGGGGGAAAGUUCCGUUUCAACCCAAAUCUAUACGCGGACGGCAAGGUGUGCUUGUCCCUACUCGGGACAUGGCAAGGCCCGGGCUGGGUUUCAGGGAAAUCGACGCUCUUGCAGGUCCUCAUAUCGAUCCAAUCCAUGAUUCUUUGCGAAGAACCGUACUUGAAUGAACCCGGCUGGGCUCAGAGCGGUGGAACGCCUCAGUCACGCGCAUAUUCGGCCAAUGUCCGUCGAAUGGUUGUCAAGACCGCGAUGUUGGGUAAUUUGAAGAACCCGCCGGAACCGUUUGAGGACGUCAUACGCACUCACUUCCGGCUGAAGGCCAAGUCGAUCAUGGCGCAACUAGAUCAGUGGCUCGCCAUAGAUGAUGGAAAGCCGAUCACUGACGGUGGCUACGGUGGACUCCUCAAGAACCCUACAGGCGCAGGGAGUUCGAAUGGCUUCCAGGCAGACGUGGACGAGCUGAAGCGAUUGUUGACGCAGCUUCAGACAGAGGAUCAUGCAGCACGAUAGCACAAUCACGGACUUCAUCUUGUAGAAAUACAUAUAUGCUCAUCAUUAGUUGUGUGACUCGAUGCAUCGGAACGAUUUUCACGAGCUGACCUGCGCUGGUCAACG